UCGUGAAGCCGGAGGACUCGGUGUGCCGUACGUCAACUGAGGAGUGCACUGCUUUCACUGUUUUUAGCGAGUUUGCUUUACGACGAGCUAGACUAAACGGCAAAAGCAUCAUCUGGAUGUUUCUGGACAGUGAGCAGAAGUGACAUUUAGCUGGAGGGCAGCAGGCUGUGCUCCUUAAGAAUUGUGGUUCCACCAUACCUUGCACUGCAGUCAUGGCCUACAUGACCAGCUCUGAUCUGCAGAAGAUUGUGAAACUCCAGAAAGAAGAUGGACGCCAGCACUUAAGGCAGAUUCUGCAGUGGCACGAGUUUGAUGAGGAGUGUGAUUUAAGAGCAGGCAUCUGUCUCGACUUUGUGUAUGAGAAUAUCCUGUUUGCCGUGAACAAGGGAUUCCCUUGGAAGGCUGUUGGCGUUGUUGCCAAGCUUUCAGAAGAACUUCUUACAGACACGAAAGGUACGAGCAUAGUGAAAGCUGUUCAGCUCCUUAAAAACAAACUCUCCCAACACUCUCCCGUCCUGAACGAGAAAUUCCAGCCCGCUUUCCUGGCUUUCCUCAUGAGGACCUUCUUCAGGCACUAUCGACUCUACCAGUAUGUGCUGUGUUCAGAGAUGCAGGUCCAUGGUAACUGUCUAAUGCUACAGGUUCAUGCCCCGCCACAUCCUCUGCCUCUCACUGAGGGUGUCUACAUCAAGCUGUGGGAGUACCAGAAGACCAUGGAAUCUCUCUGUGAAAAAGAAGCCCACAAGCAGAGAUGUGUGCAGGACCUAAGGGAUUCAGCACAGAGUCAUGCGGAAAAGAGCAUGGAAGCACUGUAUGGCAGCAUAGAAAUCCCAGACACCGAUGUCAUUGAGAAGCAGGUUCUGGAAAAACUGGUGCAGCAGACACUGAAGACACAGGUGGAGAUUGUUCGCGAUUUGUUUGUCGAGGAGCUGAAACUGACCCAGGAAAUCCUGGAGCUGAAACAGCAGCAGAAAGCAUUGCCUCAGCCACCCACUCUGCCUCCUUUUCCCAGUAAACUUGCCCCUUCUAAACAGGAGAAGCCGCGCUCUGGUAAAAAAGCCAAAAAAUGAAGCAGAAGAAGAGUCUGUGCUGUGGGGCCGAAGUAACGGCAGCCAUGAUUAGAAUCCUGAGGUGAGCCAAACA